GAUUUUAUCUUUUAAAAGAACAAAUUGCCAAUAAGUAUCUCCAAUUCUGUCAUAUGAACUUCAAAACCCCAACUCAUCUUCUUCUCCUCCCCCUCCAAUAUUUCCAUAAAAAAACCUGAGUUCUAGUUUACUUGUUUUGCAAGCUAUGUUCUUUUCUACUGCAAUCAAGUUCUUAAUCCAAUCAACUUUUUUAUGGGCUGUUCUUACUACUCAUGUUCAAUGCUUCAAUCUCAACUACACCGCGUUUAAUGACUCGUAUAUCAACGACUUCAUCAUUUCUCCUCAUUCCAGAUUAUUUCUCGAUGCCAUCCAAGUUACACCAGAUGUUCGUGGUGCAACUAUGGCUAACAGAUCAGGACGAGUCCUGUACAAAACCCCAUUUCAACUCUGGAAUAAAAAGGACAUGAUCAGUUCAUCUUUUACUACCACUUUUAAGCUUAAUAUCUUAAACCAGACAAAUCCAGGUGGUGAGGGUUUAGCUUUUAUAUUAACAGCUAAUCCUCAAGUUCCUCCCGACAGCGACGGCGCGUGGCUCGGUAUUGUAAAUCAGCAGUUGAAUGGAACUUCUGAUGCUAAGAUAGUUGCAAUAGAGUUCGAUACGAGGAAAAGUUACUCAGAGGAUCUUGAUGAUAAUCAUAUUGGCUUGGAUGUUAACAGUGUGUACUCUCGUCGGCAAUUCUCGUUAACUCCGAGAGGCGUUAAAAUAUCCGAUGGAGCCAAUAAAGAUGUCACAGCUCGUGUUCAGUAUGAUGGAGUAGGAAAAAGAUUGACUGUUUUCGUUGAUGAUAUGGAAAAUCCUGUGUUCUCUGAGAAUCUUGAUCUGUCUCUUUAUCUUCCAGAAAAUGUUUAUGUCGGAUUUUCGGGCUCAACGAGCGGUGAGACUCAGCUAAACUGUGUACGUUCUUGGGAAUUUGAUGGUAUUGAUAUAGAUGAUGAUGAUGAUAAACGAUUGAUUGUGAUUGUUGUUCCGGUGGUCGGUGGGGUAAUCUUGUUCGCUAGUAUUGCGAUUUUAGUGUACUGGAAGAGGAAAUCCGACAGGAAAUAUCUGGAUGAUGCUUUUGGGAUCCAAUUGGCGAUCGAAGGAUCGUCGACUGCUCCGAGGAAGUUCAAAUUCAAAGACUUGAAGAAGGGGACAGGCAACUUCAGCCCGAAGAACAAGCUCGGAAAAGGCGGAUUUGGAACUGUUUACAAAGGAGUCAUCAGAAAUAUAGAGGUAGCUGUCAAGAAAAUUUCCAAGAAAUCAACUCAGGGAAAGACAGAAUUCAUAGCAGAAGUCACAACAAUCGGCAAUCUUCAUCACCGAAACCUCGUCAAGCUAAUCGGAUGGUGCUACGAAAGGCGCGAAUUCCUGCUCGUUUACGAGUACUUGCCUAACGGAAGCUUAGACAAGUACAUAUUCCACGACGACAACCAAUCAGAAUUACAGCAGGAAUAUGAAAUCCUGAGUUGGCCAGUAAGGCUGAGUAUAAUCUCCGGCGCUGCGCAGGCAUUAGACUACCUGCACAAUGGCUGCGCGGAGACAGUGUUACACAGAGACAUUAAGUCAAGCAACAUUAUGUUAGAUUCCGAAUUCAACCCGAAAUUGGGAGAUUUCGGACUUGCUCGUAUGAUCAAACUAAACGAUCAAACUCAUCAUUCCACUAAAGAUAUCGCCGGAACACCGGGUUACAUGGCGCCCGAGAGUAUUCUGACGGGAAGAUUCACCGUCCAGACCGACGUGUACGCAUUCGGCAUACUGAUCCUGGAAGUUGCCUGUGGAAGAAAACCUGGAGGUCAGAACCAUCAGAAUGAUUAUAGCUGUAAUAUAGUGAAUUGGGUGUGGGAAUUGUACAAAAAGGGAAGAAUUAUUGAUGCUGCAGAUAAAAGAUUGGAAGGAGAAUUUGAAGCAAACGAAAUGGAAUGUGUUCUUGUUCUUGGAUUGGCUUGCUGCCAUCCGAAUCCGAACAAGCGGCCAUUAAUGAAAAUUGUUUUGCAGGUUCUUAAAGGAGAAGCUGUAGCACCUGAUGUGCCUAAUGAACGGCCGGCGUUUAUAUGGCCGCCAUUGCCUCCGUCUUUCAAGGAAUUGGAUAUUUCUCUCGGACAAAUAACUCCAUUUUCGGAACUCAGUGGAAGAUAAAAUUAAUCUGAACCUGUGUAUAUAUAUAAUUUGUUUAGAAAAUUUAAAUUUGAAUGUUCUUAAUUUGUUUGUUGUAAUUUAAAAAACUUAAGUUUGGUGAUGAUUUAUAUAAAACCUAGUAGGUAUUAUAUAAUUAUAGUCCUAUAUGUUUUUUA